AUGGGGAUUGUUGUUGCUGAAGUAAGUGAGACACCGCUGUCUCAUCACGCUAUUAAGGUAUAUACUACUAUGCUCCUAGCUCUCUCUGCUUUAGUUCCUUAUCUGCACCUCCAUGGGAUUGUUCGUGUAAAGAGAUGGCUUGAUAUUCAUUUAGCCGACCCCAACUUGUUUGGGACUGAGGUGCAUCGUCUAAUGUGCAUGGAACUAAUUCAGUUAGUAAGUAGAGUUUCAAUAUUACUUCCUGAAAUUGAAGCAGCCCGUCCUCGAUGCUCAGAGGCACUUUGCCUGUUGAACAAUGAAAUUCUCAAAGCCAAGACACUGAUUCAGCACUGCAGUGAAUCUAGUAAGCUAUACUUGGCACUAACAGGAGAUGUUAUACUUUCACGAUGUGAUAGAUCAAGAAACUUGCUUAAGCAAAGCUUAGGCCAAGUGCAAAAUAUGGUUCCAGUAUCGCUGGCCGCAAAGAUUUCGCUACUGAUUGCUGAACUGAAGGAUGCGAUAUUCAGCUUGGAUCCAUCUGAAGAGGAGGCAGGGAGGGUUGUGAUGGAAUUACUUCAUCAGUAUGUGACAACAGAUUCAGCGGAAGAACAUGCCUUUGAGGCAAUUCAACUUUCUAUGCGGAGGCUUCAUAUCACAUCUCUACAAACUCUUUUAGUAGAGAAAAGAUCCAUCAAAAGGAUGCUGGGGAGAGUUGGAGACGGUCAGAAAAAGAAGAUUUUAUUGCUUUUUCUGAAUAUCCUCAGUAAGCAUGGAAAAUCAAUCGUGAUAGAGCAAACGGAGAGCGGCUCUUUGCAGCGGGAAGACUCUUUCCUAUGUACAAAUCAAUGUGAAGCAAAAUCUUGUUUGAGAUGUGGAUCUGACGAUGCUCAAGAGGACAUUCUGAGGAGCUGUCGACCACCGGAUGAGUUUAAAUGUCCUUUGUGUUUGAGAUUAAUGUACGAUCCUGUCGUAAUUGCCUCUGGACAAACAUAUGAAAGAUUUUGGAUUCAGAAAUGGUUUGCUGAAGGUCAUGAUACAUGUCCAUUGACUAAAAGGAAAUUGGCGCACUUGUCUUUGACCCCGAAUUACACAAUGAAGGACCUAAUAUCAAGGUGGAGUGCAACACAUGGAGUCAGUGUUCCUGACCCGAGCAUGGAGGCAGCAGCGGCUCACUCAUUUAAAUCUUCUUUGAAUUCAAUUACUAGCUUGAGCAGCUCAGUGAAUGAUCUACGUCUUCCUAUAGAAUUCAGCAAUUUAUCUUGUGGAUCGCCAGAUGCUGGUCUUGUGUCCGUUGCUAAGACACCAAAUGACUUCGAUGUGGUUUCAGGGGAAAGCAAUGACAGUAUUCACAAAAUUCAAUCUGGUGUAAGCAUUCAGGAUAUGGACCUGAAUCACUUAACCGGGUUCAGUUCAUUUUCUUGGGAGUCACAAUGCAUCUUGGUUGGAAAUAUUAGUAACUUUUUCAAACAUAACGAUCAAGCUUGCAGUUGGAUGUCAUCCGAAGAUUUUGUUCUAACAAUGGUUAGAUUUUUGAAUGAUGCACGUGAUUUCAAUGAUCUAAAUGCCCAAAUACUGGGAUGUCUAUCAUUGUCAACAGUUUUGCAGAAAUGCAGGAGCAAUAUUCCAGAUUUGAAUGACGAUGCUUUUGCACUGCUGGUAUCAUUUCUUGGAACUGAGGUUUCUAAAGAAGCCCUUGCCGUAUUGAAGAUAUUGUCCUGCCACCAAUAUUGUCAACAAAAAUUUGCGGCUUCUGGUGCUCUGACUCCUAUUCUAGAGAUGCUUGAUGCCCAGAACGCAGAAUUGCCUGAACCAGCCAUCAAAAUAUUAAGUAAUUUGUCUGAAAAUAGCAGAAUUGUUUCCUUGAUUACACCUUCAGAACUCAUUCCCAAGUUGAUUCCUUUUCUAGAAGAUACAGCUCUAGCAAGAGACACUCUUAUUAUUUUGAAAAAUUUAUGCAUCACGGAAGAUGCUACGACUUCUGUAGCUAAGACCGAUGGAUGCAUAUCUUCAGUCGUGAAACUACUUGACAGUGGCAGUCGUGAGGAUCAGGAGCAUGCGGUGGCUCUUCUUCUUUCUUUGUGUUCUCAAUGCAUUCAACGCUGUCGCCUGGCCAUGGAUGAAGGGAUCAUCCUUGAUCUUUUCAAUAUAUCUGUCAAUGGAAAUAGCAAAGCGAAGGCAAUGGCUAUGGAGUUACUGACACUGUUGAGAGGUGAAUUUAAUAAUAAUGAAGAAUCUUCAGAUGCGGAUGUUGACAUUUCUAGAGGCUCUACCAUUGACCUUACACAGCAGAAAUCUAGUUCAAAGGCACAAGGAUUAUUAAAGAAGUUUUUAUCAAAACAAGGUUCGUCUUCUCCUAGAAGUAAAAAAUAGAUACUUAAUAUACAUCUUAGAAUGAAGGUUGCCAGUCGCUCCGACCACAGUGAGUAUCAUGUUAGCUGAUUAUAUGUCCUCAUGACUGUCUGUACGAGUUGUGCUGAUUUCUUGUAAAUAAAUAUGUAUAGUAUUGCUUGAUUUGAUUUGUACAAUUUCUUUACUUCCUCUAGUUUCUCUGUUAGUGUUGAGAAGGAAGACUUUGUUGAG